CGGGAGACUUCCUACCUAUCUAGUACAUGAAAAUAAUCUCAACUCUAUUAUGCCUCAUCUACCGAUCCCAUCUCCGAUAGAGAGACUAUAUUUAUUUAUCAAAGCCACUUCGACUUCAUCGUAACUCAAAGAAUUACGUCAAGGCUCCAGCUCUUUCUUUCAUCACGCCACCGGCUUCCUACGAGGACUCAUUUUUUGAUAUUGAACGGACCUUGUCUUGGCCACAGUCAUAUACCUAGUAUCAUACCUACCUAUAUACCACAUAUAUACCUAGGUACUUAAGUAUUCAUCGAGACUUUUACCCCUAUCGCCGGUUCAUCAAGUUAUUGACUCUUGAUUCAAUUUCUAUGAUUGAGCCGCUUGCUCAUCUUCAUGGCUGGUCUAAAUGCUACAAUGGGAGACGAUCUCCCGUCACUCUUAUUGUUACCCCCGCCUCCACAUCCCGCAACUCGGCUCGCUCUUAACGCCGCAUAUGAGCCUCCUCUCAAAGCUGCCAUCUCAAAGCUCAAAAAUGCGAAAACAGGAAAGAAUGGCGCAAUUUUAAUUGUCGGGUUAGUGUCACCUAUUCUCACAGGCAAUUAUAUACGACACAAAUCCCUUUCUUGGCCUCACGUCCAAUCUCUCCUAGCAGAUCUAUACAGCAUUAUAUCCGUCAUCUGUGUCCAAUUAUCAGUUCCUACUGAUAUUCACGCCGGUCCGGGAUCCGUAGACGUCCGUGUGGUUUUAGUCGACCAUGAUUUAUCUAAACCUCUGGCGAUCGAUUCAAAGCCAGCCAUUGAACCGAAUAAUACAGUAAUAAUCAAUCUCUCUACUUUCGUAUCCGCUUAUCAUCCUUGGCGAUAUAUACUUCAUACGAACAACGAGCCCGGCUAUGCACUACUCUUGACAUACCUCAAACUAUUUGAAGGUAUUCAAACAUUGAAGCAAUCUCAGAUAGUUGUCGUCGAUGGCGGGCUUGCCGUGUCCGUCGGACUGCCUGACUCAUUACAAGUAUCUCCCCAAACUAUUACGCAACCUACCGUAUGUUUGGGAGGUACCUUUGAUCAUCUACAUCCCGGACAUAAACUACUCUUAACUGCCGCUGUCCUCUUGCUGAAGGUGCCCGACAAAGGUGCACCACGGCCGUGUCAAUUCAUCAUCGGCAUUACUGGUGAUGAAUUGUUGAAAAGGAAGAAAUAUGCCGAGUUCGUGCAGCCUUGGGACGAACGCGCCAUGAAUACGAUUGAUUUUCUGUCCUCAAUACUCGAUCUAUCGAAGGACGGAUGGAAGAAGAGCCAAAAUGCUCAAAUUAUUGAGGAUAGAAUCAUCAAAGAUCACGGGGAACUCGUCGCCCAGUUUCGGAACGGCACCAUCGAGGUUCGCUGUGUUGUUAUCCAGGAUGCUUAUGGACCGACUAUCACCACCGAAAACAUGGAUAUUCUUGUAGUUUCAGGUGAGACAAGAAGCGGAGGUAACGCCGUGAAUGAGCGACGAAAGGAUCUCGGCUGGCGACAGCUUGAGACGUUUGAAGUGGACGUCCUCGAUGCCGAUGGAAUUGUGCACAAGUCAUCGGAAGCGCGAGAUUUUACCCAAAAGAUUAGCAGCACAGCCAUUCGGAAGCAGAAGGCUCAGUCUCACACUUAGUCUAAAGAUCUACCUAGUUGCUGUGUCUUGAGCAUGUGUCUACUUGAAACACAACCGGGGAAACACGUCGAUGGCAUUCAC